UCACACUGAGCUCGGUAAAUCCGGAAGUUAAAAUAAAGAAAUGUUUUGUCUGCGAGUUUCGCCUAAAUCUGAAGUGUCUGGCUUCGUCUGUGAGAAGAGGCAGUGUGAUGGAGUCUGAACGCACAUCGACACAUGGCAUCUCAAAUGUAGAGUUUACACAAAGUACUGAUGAUGAGCCUCUAAUCGACGGUCCGAUUCUUUCCCAAGAUGCUCUUGAAUCAGCCAUCAGGAGAGAGUUUCAAACUUUACCCACUCAUUGGGCAGUGGGUGUACUCUCAUUUUUGCAUGUGGUGUAUGUGACCUUGUGUGUUGUGAUCACUGUCUUUUGCUGGAUAUCUGAUGAGCAUUCGGCUCAAUGCACAGCAGCGCUCCAAGGGAUCGACUCCAAGAGUCUGGUGGUGCUGGGAAAAGUUGCAUUGUGGGUGCUUGUUUUUAUAUACGAUAGAUUUGUCCAGCAUCAUCAUUACGCUGUGAGACGGAGGGGUUAUCUGAACUUCUACAGGAUGACAAGAGGAAUGAAAAGCCUUCCCCUGCUCAUUAACUCUGCAGGUAAUGCAGCGAUGCUGACUGUAAUCGCUUCAUCCUCACUGCUAGAUGUACAUGUGAAGAAUCUCUCUGUGUAUCUCCUACUGACCAUCAUCUGUCUGGAGCUGCUGCUCUCCGUUAUAUGCCUGAUUAAAUACGCAGUACAUGUGGUGAGAUUUAACAGCAAAAAGCCACGUCCUGAUGUGAAUGAAGAGGAGCGAUCUUUUGGCUGCUCCAGUGAUGAUCAUACAGAGACCGGUUUCAGGGACGGCUCCAGUCUGGAGGAAGUGGUCGAAAAGCAGGCAGACCUGAUUGAUUAUCUCAAACACCACAAUACUCUUCUGAACAAACGAAUCCUGACCCUAAGCGCUCAGCAGAGCAGACAGUGACACAUGCAAACGGAGAGAGUGACUCAGGAUUGCGGAGAUGACGGGUUGCGUGCGAGCGCACGUUUAUCUUGACUGGCAUCGGCUGCCGGGGCUGACUGAUCAGAAGACUUUUGGUGGGAAGCGAACCUUGGUAACCUCUCUAAUGAUGCUCUCGUGUUUCCAUGACAACAGGUCGGAUUAUACAAUGGAUGCAAUUAGGAAGGCAAAAACCUCUCACUAAGGAUGCUCAUUAUGAGGUCUUGGGAUCGCAGGAUCCUGUUGUCCUACCGAAUGCUUUAUCAUGCAACUGAUGUGUGUGUAUGUAAAGUAAAUCUUAAUAACAUGAACAUUAUCUUAACUCACUCCUGUGUAAGAAAGGGAUACUACAGUAGAAGGGAAUAAUUUGUGCUUGAUUUGUCAAAUAAUUUGUAUCUUAGCUUUGUGGAUCAGUGCUGCUAUUGUUUGUAAUGAUUAUUCAGGGAUUUGUUUAUAUAUAUCUGAGUGAUUCUCAAAAAGUUACAUACUGACCUUUUAGUUCUAAUGUUUUGGACAGCUGACUUUUUAUGUAAAUUAAUGUGAAUAAAAUGAUUCAAACUCUUUUCCGAUAAA